UGGUUGAUCUAAAAGAAGAGAGUUUGACUGUCCGAAGAGGGAGAAAGGAGACCAAAGAGAAAAUUUUCAUCUCUGUUACAGUAUAUAUUUCUAUAUUUGAAUUUCGAUACAGUUCAGGAGCUUGAAAUUAGGGUUGACAUGCCCAAGAUUUCGCGGAAAUGUUCAUUGUUUAUUUUUUGAAGUAAGCAGCAUUUUGCCCGAAAUAUAGGGUUUUCGCUUUGUCAGAAGAAGUCAGAAGCAUGGUUUAUGAGACGCGAUCAAGGAGUAAAGUGGGGGGUGAUGAGGACAAUACUUCAAAGAAUAGAGUGGCUGAUGGAGAAGGAACAUCCAUUUCAGGUUCUAGAGAGACUGAUUGUUUAGACUUACGAAGGUCAGCUCGGAAAACCUCAUCAAAACAGAUUACCACAAGCCCAUCAACUACACGGAAAUCUGAGCGUCUUCAGAAGCAGACUCCACCUGUAACUCCUACCAAAGGAAAAUCUGGUAAAAAUGAAAAAUUGAGCACUCCUAGUCCUAGUCCUUCAAGGAAGUCUGAUAGAAGCAAAAGAAACCUUCUACCGAGUACUUCAUUGUUAAAUGUCUCAGAGGAAGAAUCCAAUUCAUCUGGCAUGAAGAGAAAUAAAAAAAAACAAAAGAGCAUGAAGCAACAAACUCUGGAAUCUGAAAGCGUUAGCACUAGCAGUAGCCAGAGCUUGUCUUCUAUUGGAAAGAAAAGGAGGAGAAUGAAAUCAAUGAAUGCCCAUAGUUAUGUACUUUUGCUCAAGAUGCGACGAAAAAGGGGCACACCUUCAGGAAUUAAUAAGUCAAAGAGACCACAUAAAUUUUCUGGAGCUGAUGGUAGGGACACCAGGCGCGGGGAGUUUGUUGGGGAUAAAGAAAACAGGGACAGUGAAUGCCAUAUAAAGGUCGCAGAUGAAUUGACAGACCAUCUUGCUGCACAAGUUGAUGAAGGAGCCUCCAACAGUGUGCUAGAGGCUUGCCCUGAUAUGAAAAGUUUGAAGAUCCCAAAAUUUGUAGAUUCUGGGUCUGCUUGGUCACCAUCAGCCGGGCAUGAGAAGCAUUUCUUUGCUGGGUCUUGUGCUGCAUGUUCAAAACAGCGAAGGGUGGGUCAUGGUUUGCCCAAAGUAGAGCUCUGCUCAUGUGUUGCAAUAUCCAAUAAGGAUUGUGAUAAAUUAUCUAGUCCUAAGGAUGAAAUUGGUGUUGAAGCUAUUAUUAUCUCGGGAUCUGCUGAAAAAUUCAACAGUGGACAAUCCAAAGGGGCUCCUUCAGAUCCUCAUAUGGAUAGGAAUGACAAUGUGUGUGCUGUGUGCAAACAAGGUGGAAAGGGCCUACUAUGCAGUGGAAAGGAUUGCAAGAGAUGCUCCCAUCCCCCUUCUUUAGGUACUCCUGUACAUGAUGUUCCAUCAGGAGUCUGGCAUUGUCUCUGGUGUCUGAAGAAAAAGAUUGAAUCUGGUGUCCACUCAGUGACACAAGGAGUAGAGUCAAUUUGGGAUGCUAGAGAAGUGGGUGUAUCAGGAACACAUAGGCAGAAGCAGUAUCUUGUAAAGUACACAGGUCUUGCACAUGUUCACAACCAUUGGGUAUCAGAAGCACAGUUGCUUCAUGAAGCACCAUCUCUUGUUGCAAACUUUAAUGAUAAGAAUCAGGUUAUUAGAUGGAACUCUGAGUGGACAGUGCCACAUCGUUUGUUGAAGAAAAGGUUAUUAUCUUUCUCUGAACUGCAAGGUGGUUGUCAUAAUUUUGAUGCUGGUGAUAAUUCAGAAUGUCAAUACGAAUGGCUUGUUAAGUGGCGCGGUCUUGAUUAUGAAAAUGCCACAUGGGAAUUGGAGAAUGCUAAUUUUCUAUGCUCACCUCAUGGACAAAGCCUUGUUAAGGAGUAUGAGAUACGGCAGGAAAAGGCAAAACAAGUAAUCAACAAGAAUAAUAAGCAAUCUCUUGUUGAACUUUCAAAGAAUUGGGCAGGAAGUUCACUUGUAACUGAUAUUGAUAUACUAAAUUCCAUAAACAAACUACAAGAUUGUUGGUGGAAAUCACAGAAUGCUGCUUUUUAUGAUGAUCAGGAACAAAUAGUGAAGAUAAUUUUGUUUAUCUUAUCUCUGUCAACGGUCUGCUGGCCUGUCCUUAUCAUCACAACUUCCAAUGCUAUUUCUAAGUGGGAAGCUGAAUUCAUGAAAUGGGCCCCAUCUUUGGAUUGUGUAGUUUACCAUGGUAGCAGGGAAUCCAGAAAGAGUAUUGAGACAUUGGAGUUUUAUAGCCAAAGUGGAUGCAUAAUGCUUCAAGUUCUUUUAACCUCUCUUGAAACUGUUGUUGAGGAUAUACAUGUAUUAAAUAGCUUGAGUUGGGAGGUGGUUGUUAUUGAUCAGUGUCAACACUCUAACGUAUCAACUCACAUAGAGAAAAUUAAGACACUUGCUGGGCUAAAGGUGCUUCUCUUCAAUGGUCCAAUUAAGCAUACUGCAUUCGAGUACUCGAACUUACUGUCACUUGUUGAUUCUGAUGGUGAUUUGGAUAAAGUUGAUCUCUUGAAAUCUCACUCAAAUGAUACUCUUGGACAAUUGAAAGAGAGGUUCCCAUGGUUUACUUCAUGCAGCAGCAAAUGGACAUCCAAGUUUCUUGAGUAUUGGCUUCCUGUUCAAAUUUCUGAACUACAGCUUGAACUGUACUGUGAUACACUACUCUCAAACAUCAACGCUCUAUGCUCUUACUCAAAAAGUGAUCCUGUCGGAGCCCUCAAUGAUAUUUUUCUUAAUGUUCGAAAGUGUUGUGAUCAUCCUUUCACUAUUUGGGAUCCAUCCUUGAAUCCCUUCAACAAGGGGCUUUCUCAGCCUGAGAUCUUGGAUAUUGGAAUAAAAGCAAGUGGGAAAUUGCAACUUCUUGACAAGAUGCUAUCUGAGAUGAAAUGCCGGCAGCUAAGAACAAUUGUCCUUUUUCAGUCCUUUGUUGGCACCAUGCCUUCAAUUGGUGACAUAUUGGAUGAUUUUUUGCGUCAAAGAUUUGGUGAAAAUUCUUAUGAGCGUAUUGAUGCAUUUCUGAUACGGUCCAAGAAGGAAUCUGCUCUUAAUAGGUUCAACAAGUUGGAAAAUGGGCGAUUUGUAUUUUUAUUAGAAAACCGUGCGUGUAAAGCGACCCUUAAACUGUCAUCAGUGGAUAAUGUUAUCAUAUAUGGCAGUGAUACUAAUCCAUGGAAUGACUUGAGACUUCUAGAAAAAAUAUCAUUUGAUUCAGACUCUAAACCAAUCAAAGUUUUCCGGUUAUAUUCAAGUUUUACAGUGGAGGAACAAGCACUUGUGAUUGCAAAGCAAGAACCAGAUCACUUACAUAGUCCAAACCGGAACCUGAAUAACACUCUCAUGUGGGGUGCAGCAGAUUUGCUCAGUAGAUUGGAUGGGUACUAUGCUGGAGACGGCCAGGCAUCAGCUAUGCAUACAUCAACUGGGCAGUUGCUUUUUAGUGAUGUCAUAAGGGAAUUCUCCACCAUAAUUUCUGAAAGCUCUGAAAAUGCUGGCAUGCAACGUUCUGUUAUUUCAAAAGUUCUACAUAGUUCUUCACAUUGCACUACAAAUCUUUCACUAUUUGGUGAGCAGAAAAAUAAGUGUACAGGUGGAGAAGCACCUAGUGUCUUUUGGAAAAGUCUGUUGGGGGGAAGAAAUCCUCAGUGGAGACAUAUAAGCUGUCCAAGUCCAAGUCCAAGGAGCAGAAAGAGAGUCCAAUUCUUUGAUGGAUCAUCACCAGAGAUUAACGUAGCGAAGAAGUCUAGGAAGAUGAACAGUGGUUUUGAUGCAAUCUCUGUUCAGCCUGAACAUGAAGGAGGUCAACCUUCUGCUUCAAAGGAAGGGUCUUCUACAAUUAGAGCUUCUAAUGAGUCAUUGCCAACAUCUACUACUUGUGAAAAUGAGGUUGAUUUGGUUGAGCCUGCAGAAAGAAAAAUAAUAUCCGAUGAGCAGCUUAGUCUUCAUAUUUAUCUUAAGGGAGAGAUGGCAAAAAUUUUUAAAGUGCUAAAACUUUCGGAAGAUGUCAAAAAAAUGGCUGGAAGUUUCCUAGAAUAUGUCAUGGAGAACCAUCGCAUUAGUAGGGAACCAGUCGGCAUAUUCCAUGCUUUCCAAAUUUCUCUGUGCUGGACGGCAGCUUCAUUCUUGAAGCAAAAAGUCGACAAAGAGGAGAUGCUCGCAUUAACAAAAGAGCAUCUAAACUUCAAAUGUACUAAAGAUGAAGCGACUACUGUUUAUCUGAGGUUGCGGGCAUUAAAGAAAAAUUUUUCGCAACACAUGAAGAGAAACAAAAGCACGUCAAAUUCAUUAGAGCUUUCUGAAGCAAGUAAGAGUGGUGACACUUGCAAGGCUCCAGUUCAACCACCUUUGGAAGAACAUACUGUUGAUGAGGUCUUGUCAGUUGAACAUGCUAAGGAAGUUUCAAUGGAGUGCGAUCAUCGACCAAAAGUACAUGAUGAUGCUCCUGAUGUAGCUGCUGGGUAUGAGCAUACUGCAGAAGCAAAUACUAUAGCUGAUGGAUCUGCCGAAGAAAAUGUUACACCUAUAAAUAGAACUGAUUUGACAAGUACCACAGCGAACGAGAAAGAGGUCACUAGUAACUCUGGUGAUGGAAACCAGACAUUACAAGAAGUUACUUCUUCAGAUGAUGGUGGUUUGCUACCUCAAAACCAAUGUAAUGGGACACAAGUAUCAGAAAGCCAGAGUACAUCACAAACCGAAGCUGGACUUUCCGAACCCAUUAAUGCUGGACAUAGAAUGUCUGAUUGUGAAUCCGUAUUGGCUGAAAAUAGUGGAAACCAACCAGCUUCUGAUGCUGGUGGUCGCUCUCCGCCUGGUGAAGUUGCAGACAUGAUCUGUAACCAGGAGGACAGUAGUUUACAAACCUCUAGACCUUCUCCCCAGUUGGUUGAGACAGGGACAGUAAUACAACCUUCACCUGAUGCUGAUUCGCAAGAUCCUCUUUACAAUGAAUUUGAUAGGAUGCGUAGAGAAAUGGAGAAUGCUGCCAAGAGCCAUGAAGAUCUGAAAUCACAGCUUAAAUCUGAUUGCGAAAAAGAAAUAGAGGAAAUAAUUGCAGAAAUUCGUAACAAAUACAAUGCCAGACUUCAGGAGGCCGACACAAGAUAUUCUCUGAGAAAGAAUGAACUCGGUGGGAAUCUGAAGAAAGUUCUUUUGAACAAGUUAUUGGCUGAUACUUUCAGAUCUAAAUGCAAUGAUAUCAAACCUUCAAAGCUUCCAGCUGUGCCUACCAGUUAUAUACAGCAUCUACGUCAACCAUCAACACAGCCUACAUCGCGAUCUGCCUCUCUCACAGGCUCAUCUCCAACUGGCAGGCAAACUUCAGCACCCGCUUGUAUGAGACCACCAACUGCUUCACCUUCUGCUGGUGAGCAAACUUCAGCCCAAACUUCUACAAGGCCGCCAUCUGUUGCUUUAUCUUCCAGUGGACAAGUAGUGGGCCGGCAAACUUCAGCACCAGCUUGUACGAGACCUUGGAUUGCUUCACCUUCUGCUGGCGAGCAAACUUCAGCCCAAACUUGUACGAGACUGCCAUCUGAUUCUUUGUCAUCUUCCAGUGGACAACAAGUAGCUGGCCAGCAGACUUCUGCUCCAUCAAAGUCCUCUCCCGUGGUUGGUGAAUCUCCGAGAAGGCUAGCAUCGAUUUCUUUGGUUCCAGCUGGCAUGCAAACUCCAUCACCGGUGAGGAUGAGAUCGCCACCAAUUGGUUUGUCUUCUGGGGGACAAACUGUAGUUGGGCAGCAUACUCCUGCACCAUCAAGACCUCCUUCCAUGGUUGGUAAAUCUCCAAGGAUUCCUAGCAGACCACCACUUAUCAGUUCCAUUACUCCUUCCUCUGGUAAUCCUCGACUAUGGUGCGAGAUUCGUGCCCCAGCACCCCACCUUCAAUCUUUCAGGCCUUCUAUGUCUGCAUCUACAGCUGGUCCCUCGCCCAUCCCGAGUGCUAGACCUAACUUGUCUUCAUAUUCAUCCUCACUCAACCAUGUUCCAAUUCGACCUGGAGUGAUGUCUUCUCAAAAUCCACAACACAAGGAGCAGCCACUCUCUCUGCAACAACCUCCUGCAAGUAUCUCUGACUCUCUAUCUGCACUGGAGCUGCACACAAACCUUGAUAAUCAACCUAAUCCAAACCGCCCAAGGCAGAGUGGUUGGCCAAGUCUUAGCACACCUGCUAACAUGUCUUCUUCAUCUUCACCCUCACUAAACCACUUUAAAACUGUACCAUUAGUGUUAGACUCUUCCCAGCUUUUACAAAAAAUGGACCAUCCCCUGCCACAUCCUCAGAAUCAGCCUUCUGAACCCGAUAACAGACCGCUAUCUGCUGUCAACAUUUUGCGUCUUUCUGCAACAGAGUUGCUCAAAAAUCUUGAUAACCACUGCAGAAAUUUUGAUAACCAAGCUAGCGCAACCCAGCCAAAGCAGAGCGGUGGACCAGGUAAUUGCAUUGCUGCUAACUCUUCUUCAUCUUCGCCCUCGCUCAACCAUGUCCCGAGCCAACAACCAUCAGCGUUGGACAGUUCUAAACUUUCACAAGACCAGGAACAGCCACAGCCAUUAGGUGCAAAUGACUUCAACCCUCAAAACCAGCCUGCUGUUAAUAUUCUGCCAUUUUCUGCCCUUGAGUUGCUCAGGAAUGUUGAUAACCAAGCUACUGCAAGUGCAAACCAGCCUAAUGAUUGAACUUUGUAUUAGUUCUUGGCUUACUUGUUACCAUUAACAAUGCCGGGGCUGUAUUUCCUCCUCAAAUCCUUUGUUUUUAACGCAUAACAUUGUACUAUUUUCACUUGAGAAGCCUGACUGGAUAAAUGAAGAUUGUAGUUUAUUUGAUUUUCUGUAAAAGAAUUGUCUUUCUAUGACU